AUGGCUAAGGGAACACCUGUGAAAAAGGGCAGAGGCUCGAAGAAUGGCACUCCAGUGUCUACUCCUCCUGUCAAAGCGAAAAAACCUAUGAGCAAGACGUCAACGCCUACUCAAGCUCAAGCAUCUACUCCUGGAUCGACGCCAUCCAAGAAAAAGAAGAAAGCAGUGAAAACGGCGGGCAAACAAGGCGAGAAGCUGGUUCUUAGUGCCAAAGAGUCCUCAGCCGCUAAAAAACCAGAAACUGUUAUCCCAAUUGACAGAAUUGUGCGUGCAGUGCAAGAGUUGCAAAAGUUUGUGGAUAGUGAAAAGGCCAAACAAGAAAACUCUAACCAGCUAUUGGACGAUGAUGAGUUGGAUAGACAGGUGGAGUUGAUCGCCGUCAACACCACGUCUUUCACAGAGAACAGAAAAGUGUUCAAGCCUAAAUUGUUCAAGAUCGAGCACUCUCUUUUCAAACCAUGGAAAAAAGCUAGUGAAACCGCCGUCAAGGACUUCAAAGUGCUUCUAAUUCUCAAAGACCAGGACGCCGCCAAAUGCACGGAAGACCAACUUUACGACCAGCUGCAUGGAGAGGGCAUCACAAUCGAUGCCGUCGUUACAGGCAACGAUCUCAAGACCAAAUACAAGGCUCUAGAAAAGAGAAGAGCUUUUGUGCAAGAUUUCUCUCUUAUCUUGGCUGACGAUUCCAUCGUGACGGCGUUGCCCAAGCUUUUGGGAGGCAAAGCUUACGAGAAACUGGCCACCACGCCGCUUUCCAUCAAAACCAGCAAGAACAGCUCCUUUUCGCUAACAACGCUAGUGAACAGCAUCAAAAAGGUAUACUUGAAAACGCUUCCAGCCAAGAUGCCCCGCGGAACAACCUUGAGCGCGCAUUUGGGUGAUUUGGAAUGGUUUUCUGCCGAGCAAAUCGCCGACAAUGUGCUGGCUAUUGCGGAACAACUGGUCAAGGAUUUCCAAAUCAGAUCGGUUUUCCUCAAAGUCAACAAGUCUCCUGUACUUCCGCUUUACUACAACCAGAACGUCUUGGACGCUUUGGCUAAGCAAGCUGAUGAAGGUACAGAGGGCAAGGACAAGGCAUUGCAUAAGGUCACCAUCGGUGGCACAGACUUGGAAUUGUCCAAUUUCGAUGCUGCGUUGAUGGAGAUUGCCAAUCCAGACGAGCUGGAAAAGGUUUUCGCUUCUCGUAUCAACAAAGCGAGAAAGAGAACAGCGGAAGACGCCGAACAAGCUGUUUCCGCGAAAAAGACUAAAGCAUAG